AUGACCUUGACGCUAAGCCUUCAUCCUGCUUCAGCCAGUGGCAUGGAUGAUGACUUGGAGCUCUAUGUUCGGCGCUUUGCAUCCACACCUCAACAAGUUGAGCCCCCCCAGCGGCUUGGCCAUAUUUCUGGCAAUUCCAUCGAGAGCGCUCCCAGCUGCUAUUCAAGCUCUCCUCCGAGCUCUCCAUCGUCAGCUAUAUUAGCAUCAGUAGCUACUAGCAGCACCAAUGUGUCAGAUGCGGAGGACGAUAACUUCCCGCUGACACCUCAAUCCAAGCAAUCCUGCGGCGCAUGUUAUGUCGCCAACCCUUCUGCUGGGAUUGCAUCGCCGACUCCAAAUCGUUCUCCCAAGAUUGACAACACCGACGCUUUCUCUCUUUAUCCCACGAUCACCUCUUUCGAAGAGCAACAUUAUUUUGACAGAUUUUUAGGCAGACCUGUCAAUGACGAGCAUUCACUGGAGAAAGUGAGCCAGAGGGUUCAGGAUAUCUACUCUAGCCAUAUAGGGCGGCUCAGCGCGGACUCUGUUCGCUGUGCUAUUCAUUACAAGGAGGCUGUUCGGGAACGCAAACGCAUGCGCUGGUACACUGCACGCUGGGAGGUUGCGGAGGUCCAAAGGCUGCACACCCUCCUUCUCUCCUUGCGCGAUGAAUCAGAAACAGAGUUUAUCAUGGCAGAUCGAGAAUCGCGUUGGCUAUUGGACAUUCUUAUUCAACAACAGACACUGCCUGCUACCACUGCACAGGCGGAAUAUGCUGCUGCAACCUGCGACAACGACAAGAAAUCUUUCCUUCUGGCUGACGCUGAACUCGCCAUACUCGCCGAUCGUUCUACUGAGCAGUAG